UCAAGCCUGAUUCCCCUCACGUCAAACCACAUGAUCCCAUAAAACAUUCAUCACCUCUCAAUCCCUGAUCCAGCUCCAUAAAACAUUCAUCGAUGCUUUUCCUCUCGCUGCUUUUCCCAUACAGUACAGAGGCAGGAGAGGAUCAGUGAUUUCAGCACAGUGUCUGACAGCCACAAGAAGCUCCCUGCACGCUGGAGCAGUGUGGGAAACACUGGCACUGGGACAUCUAAUUAAUAACACUUUUCUCUUCUUCUGCUGGAGGAUUAAGUACUCCUUAGAAAAACAGUUAUGAGUCUGCAAAAUGAGGAACAAAAAAUGGAUACUUUGAAUGGAUUCUGUGCAUAAACUGGGGAAGAUUUUGAGACAUUAUAUUUGCUCCUCCAAAGACUGAAGGAGACUGCUGAAUGGGGAAUUUUCUUUGCAAGAUUUCGUUUUUGGAGUGUGAUUAAUUUUUUUCUCAAGUUUGACGUUUUUCCUGGGAUUGCCAUCAUUCUAUUUUCUCUCCCUAUAUUCCGAGUCUGCGCAUUGAGAAGCAUUGUUUAAAGAACCUAAAAAUGAAGAGAAUGCUUAAUAAAGGCACUAAAUUGCUGUUCCUUGUGGCUUGCUAUAUCAGUUUUAAAUUCAAAGUGGAGUGUUGUCCAGAAGCAUGCUUAUGUUACGAUGAGCCGAAGAUCACGUUCAGUUGUCAACAGCAGAGACUAACUGCCAUUCCAUCCUAUAUACCAAUUCAAACUCAAAGGAUCUUUCUCCACAACAAUAAAAUAACUUUAAUACGGUCGACAAGCUUCACUUCCUGUCAAAAUCUUACCAUUUUAUGGAUUCACUCAAACAAUAUAAGUCAUAUUGAACCUGGAGCAUUCCAUGGGUUGAACAAACUGGAAGAGCUAGACAUGAGUGACAAUUUCAACCUGAAAACAAUUUCGCCUCUCACUUUUAGAGGACUUGUUCAUUUACACACGUUACACCUUAAUCGAUGUGGUCUGCAAGAUCUACCCCUGGGAAUUUUCCAAGGUCUUUUCUCCUUGCAGCACUUGUACAUUCAAGACAACAACUUGCAUUCUUUGCAUGAUGAUACUUUUUUGGAUCUGGGAAAUCUCACAUUCCUGUUUCUCCAUGGAAAUAAACUUAAUAGAUUAUCUGAAAAUGUUUUUAAUGGUCUGGCAAGCUUAGACAGAUUGUUGGUGCACCAGAACAGACUAGAUAUGGUCCAUCCCAGAACUUUCCAUGAUCUAAAAAAGGUAACAACAUUAUAUUUGUUCAACAACAACUUGACAGUGCUUAGGGGAGAAAUACUAGCACCUCUGGUAUCACUUCAGUAUUUACGUUUAAAUGGAAACCAGUGGAUCUGUGACUGCAGGGCUAAGUCACUCUGGAACUGGUUAAAACAAUUUAAAGGCUCCUCGUCAGAGGUGGAAUGUUAUCUCCCCUCUAAUUUCACUGGUGUCGAUCUUAAAAAACUUCACAGCAGCGAUAUUAAUGGAUGUGCCAAUGUUUCAUUGCAUCAAAUGAGAACAGGUAACUCUGGGUCCAAGACCAGAUCUGGAAAACAGACUGGCAUAGAAGUUCCGUGGGGUUCUGAUGAUAUUUCAGAUAACUGCUGCCAGCAUGUAAUUGAUAGAGCUCCCACUUCUGGAAUAAAUGCAAAGACAGGUCCAUCUUCCCACACUAGCAGACUCUCACCUAACAAUCCUGUAAAAGAUAAAGAAAAUAUUUCCAAAACAAAAAUUGUUGCUGGUGUUGACAGUAGGAAAAACAGAACCUUUAAGCAGAUAAAUGAUUCCCCCUUUGGAACAUUCACAAGUAAAGUAGAUGGUUCCAUAACUAAACUGAAUCAGAACAAUGUUUUUGACUCGGUUGAACCAUCCACAGUUCCAAAUAAAAAGAAGCAAACUUGUUUAAAAAAGGUCAAGUCAAAAUCACAAUGCCGAACCUAUCAACCAGGAACUAACUCCGCUUUGCUGGCGACUACAAAUCUCUUCUUUGUUACUUUGUUUUUGGUCAUACCCAUGCACAUUUAAAAGUCUAUAUUUAUUUUGAUUUUGCUUUAAAGUGAUCUAAAGAAAGGACAAUGGACUGAGAAUCACACAAUGUUAUACAGCCACAGAGGAAAAAAAAUAUAUGCUUAAAAAAAAACGCUUCACAAAAGGUGAUUGGAUAUUUUUUUAUGAUUGUGUACUAUGAGUUUAUAGAGUGAAGAUAUAUUACUUUAUUCCUCAUAUAAAUAAGGAAACUAUGCUGUAAAAAAAAAAAAAGAUAUCUAAAAUGCUAAACAUGAGUUUAGCCUUUAUUUGUAAUUAACAAAAUUUACAUUGUAAAAUGCUGUUUGUCUGCUCUGUUUAUGAAAAUUCUAAUUAUCUGUACUUAUUUCUGUCAUUAAAUGUCCCUGGGUAGCAUUUGUUGAAGAAUGUUAUCUGUUUACUUACACAUGCUCCAUGUAUAAACAUAAAGAUAUGCAUUUUAUUUUACCUGUGCUCAAAUAUAACUUCAGCCAAACAAAUAAACAUUUUCUUUUUCCUAAA